AUGCUGCUUCCUUCGUUUGUCCUUUUCGCCCUCCUUGGGGCCGCGAGAGCAGAGAAAGCGAAAGCGGAGACACCCAAGGACCAACUCUGUCUAGCCGGUGCUGCGGCGUCGCUGGACUAUGUUGUCUUCUCGACGGACUCUGCUGAUAAGCUCGCCAACCAGUGCUCCAGCGAGUUGAAGAUUACCUCGCUCUAUGCUACUGCCUACCAGUACUGCACUGAAAGCGAUAUAGCUGCAUACUAUGAGGCGAAGAAUAAAGAAUGUCAGGAGGACUACGGCGUCUCUCUUAUGCGCUACUCUGAUGUUGCCACAACGUUUACAAAGGAGUAUAUCCAGGGCUUGAAGGUUAUUCAUAACAUGGCAGAGGGGGCGGCAGGUCUCCUGGAGAAGCCAGCACUGCUUUCCGAGGAAUUCUUUACCCAGGGCUACAGGACUCUGGAAAGCUGGGACAUCGCAACAGAAGCUCAUCACUUCUACUCGUUCAUGCCAUAUGUCUUCUGGGUCGCGAUUGUCUUCUUCGGCAUAGCCCACCGCGUAUUCAACGCCUUCCUCCUGAGCCAGCAAUACGAAGUAGACCACGACGUUGAAGGAGAGCAGAAAACCUCUCUCAGCCUGCCAGCUCGAAUCACCAGCAAAGUCCAUCGAUGGAUCAACACACACUUUCUGCUCCCGUCUGAAUUCGACUCUGGCUGCCGCAAGCUCGGAUGGGUGUGGCAUCGCCAGAUCUCAACCCGCAUGGAAACAAUUGUGGUUGUGCUUUACUGCAUCCUGAUUAUUCUUCUUUGCGCCAUGGACUAUUACAUAUACUACAAGAGUCUCUACUUCGACACAAAACCGCACCAGAUCCAGCGCCACGUCGCGGACAGAACGGGGAUCAUGGCAACUGGCAGUCUUCCUAUUCUAUGGGCCUUCUCCGGACGAAAUAAUAUUAUCCUUUGGGCUACAGGCUGGAGGUUUGGGACGUUGAACCUCUACCAUCGCACCAUUGGCCGUAUCACCAUGGUCCUAGCUAUUAUCCACGCGUCCGUAUAUACCAGAUACUGUGUCGAGCUUCAAUUUUAUAAAACCACACUUGUCGAGUACUGGUUCCGGUGCGGUAUUCUUGCUCUUACAACCAUGUCUGUCAUGGUCGGUCUAUCCUCCUCCAUAGUCCGUCAGAAGAUUUACGAUUUUUGGCUCCUCUUGCACAUCCUCCUCGCAGUCGUCGCCGUAGUAGGCCUCUACUACCACCUCAGCAUCUUCGAAGGAAAAUACAACCCCUUCAUCUGGUCCAUCGUUGCAAUAUGGGGCUUCGAGCGAACAUUCCGCCUCCUCCGCCUCGCAUACUGCAAUCUGCCCUUCCCUCCAAACGGGAAACGCCAGUCAACAAAAUCAACAGCGGUCUACCUCAAGGACGCAAACGUUAUCAAACUCGAUGUCUUCCCUGGCUCUGGCUCUCUCAGGCCUAGACCGGGACAGCAUUACUACCUGUACGAACCGCUCCGGUGGAAGGGAUAUGAGAACCACGCGUUUAGUCUGGCAGCCUGGUCCGAUGGCAGCACAGUUACACCGGAUGUAGUCCAAGAUGGAAACUCUGAGAAGCCCCAAACCAGCACGAACACUUCAUCCGACACCUACAGCUCCCAGUCAAACGAGGUCAGGCAUAACGGUAACAAAUUCACCUUCUACAUCCGCCCAUUUUCAGGCUGGACAUCGCGAUUGAAGAACCAAUGCCUCAAAUCCACUUCCCCGUCCCCAAUGGACCUAACGCUGCUUGUUGAAGGACCCUAUGGCGGUCCGUCGCCGCUAUACAGAUACGAACACGUAAUAUUAGUCGCCGGGGGAACUGGAAUUACUGCUACGAUGCCGUAUAUCCGGGACCACUUCUCAAGAACAUCAAAGAGCGAUAAGACUCUGCGGACGAGAUCCGUGCAUCUGAUUUGGCCCGCGAAGGAGGAGGCGUUUAUAAACCGGGUUUUUGCAACGGAGCUUGGAGCUCUUACCGCUGGUUCUGGGAUGUUUACUGCUGAAUACUUUGCCACAGCAGGCCCAGUACAAGGACCGGAGAGUUCAAGCUCAAGUUCAAGUUCAAGUUCAAGUUCAAGCGCCAGCGUAAACGCUGAGAGCCAGGAUAGACUGGUCAAGAUAAACACCGGUCGCCCCGACAUCCCAGCCCUAAUCCGGCAGAACAUUGAAAAUAUUGCAGCGGCAGAUCCUUGCCCUGGGCGUACAGCGGUGUUUGCUUCUGGGCCGGCGGCGCUGGCAGAUGUGACUAGGGCUGCUGUGCAUAAAGUCCUCAAGGACACGAGGUACGAUGUUGAGUAUUUUGAGGAGGCUUUUGGGUGGUAGCGCACCAUCUAUUGAGAUGUGG